AUGAAUAUUCGACAAGCAAGGCUGGAAGACCUCCCAGGCAUGCAGGCCUGUAAUCUGCACAACCUUCCUGAAAACUAUACCAUGAAGUACUAUCUUUAUCAUGCACUAACAUGGCCAUCCCUAUCCUACGUCGCGGAGGAGCACGGGCGUGUAGUCGGAUACAUACUGGCCAAAAUGGAGGAACCCGAGGAACACGAUGGCCCAGAAAAAAGUGAGCAAGUGCCUCACGGACACGUCACCUCGAUUUCAGUGCUACGAUCAUACCGGCGAUUAGGGCUGGCUAAGAAGUUGAUGCUGCAAUCCCAGGAGGCCAUGUCGACCAUCUAUCGUGCCGCAUACGUGUCGCUGCAUGUACGCAAAUCCAAUCGUGCCGCUCUUAGUCUUUAUCGGGACACCCUGGGUUUCACUGUUAAAAGCAUCGAGGAGAAGUAUUACGCCGACGGUGAAGAUGCAUACGCUAUGCAGCUAACAUUCAACCAGUCAUAA